AUGUGUGCUACUAGUUUGUACCCAGGGCUUAUUUCGAUUAGAUUCCUGCUGGCUGCUGCCAAAUCUCUGCCUCGACACGUGCCCACUCCUUGGCGAGGGCGAGGGCGAGGGCGAGGGCGAGGGCGAGGGCAGGGUUUUGGAGGUGGUUUCGGUUAUGGAUUUUUUAAACAGGAGCCAUUUGAUCUUUUUUCUGAUCUCGAACUUCCUAAGAUCCCAUCUGUGAGUAAGGAGCAAGAAGCCCUAGUAAUAGAGCAAAGAAGGCUAGAAAACUUCUCCCUCUUUUCUUGAGGUCCGUUUCCAAAGAGUAUAUUUUCUGACAUGUUCCACAAAAAGAGACAAAGUGAUGAUAUAGAGAGAUCUUCUGACUGCAAAAUGCUAAACAACAAAAUAGUCUGCGAUUCUCUUACUCAAUGUUUAGUGCUCGGUAGAUUUCCUAAGGAACUUGUUGAGGAUUCAAAAGGGAAACAGCCAAGCAGAAAAAGAGCUCGAUGGAAUUUUGACUCGGAGCUGCAGAAGUUAGAUCUUUUUGAGAAGCUUGAACAAAUGGCUGAGAGCGAAGAAAAGGAUAGAAAGGAGGCAAAGAUGGGGAUGGAGAUGAAGAAGACAUUAAAGAAGAAUCUAGUGAUACUGAUGGUGAUUACAAGCAUAACAUAGAUUUUGAUGACAACGAAGAUGACUAUAUUGAUGUUGAUGGCGAUGGUGGUGAUGAUGAAGGUUUUUAUUAAUUUGGUUUUCUAAAUGAAUCUUGCAAGCAUUGGUUAUCUAGCUUAAUUUGAAAUCAAGGUGAUCAUUUUGCAAGUUGAUUUCAUAAUUACCAAUAGG